CUGACAGGAAUAUCGCCCAAAUUUGGCGGCAGUUUCCUGUCUGCGCUUACACAAGCCCCAUGAUGGUACGCUUUUCUCGCGUGUUGGAGCGGAGCUCCGUAUUUGCCGCGUUCCUCCGCCAGAAGGACUGGUCGUCCAAGUUUACCACAGUGAAGUAUUCAAGUACAAAGGCAGAACCGCGACUUCACAGAAUGGAGUAUCAGGACGCAGUGUGCACCCUCAAUACCCUGCAGACCAAUGCCUGUGCCCUGGAGCAAGUGCGCCGAGAGCGGGGUCACCCUCAACUCCAGCUCCAGGCCAUGAGGGGCUUCCUGGAGCGAGCAGGCCUGGUGGUGGAAGAACUUGACCAUCUCAAUAUCAUUCAUGUCACAGGAACGAAAGGCAAGGGGUCAACGUGUGCCUUCACAGAACAAAUACUGAGAAGUUAUGGUUUUCGGACUGGAUUUUACAGUUCCCCACAUUUGGUACAAGUCAGGGAGAGGAUAAGAAUUAAUGGAAAACCAAUCGGCAAAGAACUCUUCACAAAAUAUUUCUGGCAGGUGUAUGGACGGCUGUAUGAAACCAAGGACACUCACGGGGGGAGUAUGCCCGCUUACUUCCGCUUCCUGACAAUCCUGGCCUUCCACAUCUUCCUGCAGGAGAAGGUGGACUUGGCAGUGAUUGAGGUUGGGAUUGGUGGAGCCUACGACUGCACAAACAUAAUCAGGAGGCCGUGGGUGUGUGGCAUCGCCUCCCUGGGUAUAGAUCACACCUCAAUACUUGGGGAUACCAUCGAGAAAAUUGCCUGGCAGAAAGGGGGCAUUUUUAAGCCAGGAGUUCCUGCCUUCACUGUGAAGCAACCAGACAGCCCUAUGAUGGUUCUCAAAGAGCGAGCGAAGGAGAUUGGGUGUCCUCUCUGGGUGUGCCCAGAACUGGAGGAGUACCCUGCUGACUCGGGACCUCUGCGUCUGGGCCUGGCUGGCCACCACCAGCGCUCCAACGCCUCCCUUGCCCUGCAGCUCAGCCACAGCUGGCUACAGAGACGCUGCCUUCCUGACCAGAGCAUCCCUUCCCCCGCUGACGAGAGUAAAGGCGUGUCGCCGGCCGCUGGCUUCCAGCCAAGCCCCAUUAUGGCGAAAGGGCUGGAGGACACUGAAUGGCCGGGGAGGACCCAGACUCUGAAGCAUGGCCCAGUCACCUACUUCCUGGAUGGGGCCCACACCACCCGUAGCAUGCUGGCCUGUGUAAGCUGGUUCAGCGAGGUUGCCUCUCAACACGAAAGAACCACAGGUGGUCCUGUGGUCAGAGUGCUACUGUUCAACGCCACGGGGGAGAGAGACUCUGCGGCCAUGCUAAAGUUACUAGUUCCAUGCCAUUUUGACUUUGCUGUGUUCUGCCCCAACAUCACAGAGGCCAUUGCAUCAUGUAACGCAGACCAACAAAACUUCAAUGUCUCUGUGGAAAACAUGCUCACCCGUUGCCUGGACAACCAGAGGAGCUGGCGCCUGCUCAACGGCCAGGAAGAGAAGCCCGGCGACCAGCUGCUCAUCUCCCGCGAUGUUCUCCCACUGGUGGCAGCCGAGUGCUGCAGCAAAACUUUAGUUUUCCCCUGCAUCCUCAGCGCCCUCCAGUGGCUCAGCCAGGGCAGGGACUCUAUCUUGGCACAUCCAGACAAGAGGGUCAUCCCCGUCAAGCCCAGCGUGACAGCCAAAGCUGCUCCGCUAAGAGAUGCCACUGGCAUCCACGUCCUCGUCGCUGGAAGCCUCCAUCUGGUUGGGGGCGUCCUGAAACACCUUGACCCUUCCUUUGCCUCUUAAAGGGAUGGUUCUGUCAGAACAGCAAUAGAUCAGAUUGAUUUGUCUGUUAAGCAGAAUCAAGAACAAACCCUCUCUGGAGAGAGCUAAAUGCUGGGAUAUCAUGCAGCCUAAGGGAAAGCUUGUUAGCUAUGCUUACUGGUAGGUUAUUCAAUUUGUACCAGGCAACAGGGUUUUGUGUCACCCCCAGUCCUUGGUAAGCAUAAUAGAAAUGGCCAUUGCAUUUCAAUUGAUAAAUAGAGAGCUCUGGCCAAUAUAAGUUCAUGUCAGAUGUUUUAGCCAGUACCACACAAAGCCUUACUGAGGAUCACACGUUAUUUUAUUGUGACAGGGAGUCAUUUUGAGACUGGUCUCUUUUACAGAUGAGCCCAAAAUGAAAUUUUAAAAUAUAUACACAUCAGUACACUAUGAAAAGAACCAGAGAUACAGAACAAUCAGUGGUUCUGGUACAAAUUCCAGAUAGACACCAAAGGAAGCUUAAACGAUAUGUAUUACACACAAACUGGAUGCUACAGCUCCAUAGCACACAAACCGGUCACACAUGCAUAUAUAUGCCUUCUGGCUAGGUGGGGUCACCUCUUUGGGUCUAGGAUAAACAGUCAGUCAGUGCUGGGCAAGAACUCUGUUCCUCCCCCCUAUUGAUGUUAGCAUGGGUCCAGAUCCUUUGUGGGCAGGUGUGUGUAAGAGGGACUAUAGUCUCUCACACAAUCUAGCCUCCCCUGCACUGCAAUAAAUCUUCAGUCCCAACAUCCUAACCAAUAACAAGUUAUUACUACUAAUUAAUGGAUUAUGCAAUUAUAAACUGGCUCAUGCAACACAAAUGGAUUCAAGUCAAAUAGUCUCCAACAAUAGAAAACAAAUAUUAACCUUAAGUCUUAUAUUUGAAGCCAAAACUGUUUACAUGGCCUCUUGGGGGGGUUAAUUUGUGCGCCUUCUAGUAUGACACGGGUGUUUACUGUUAUUGUUUACGUGAAGUGGUGUUGUGCUUUAAAAGCGUUUGAGAAGAAGGCAGUGGGACGGUAGGCCCCGAAAAUGACAGGUGGAAACGGUUAGUCAAAGGCCUCACUCUUUCCACCCAGUAUGUUUCUUUGGGUUGUGUACAAGAAUGGCUCUCUUUCCUGUCCUUUCAUUGCUACCAAUAAGAGACACACAGGGAGAGGGUUGCAAAGAUGAACUGGAUUUCUUACAAAGAGAACAGUUUAAAUUUGGUUUCACUAUUUCUUAGUGAGCUCCUCAUUUGCCGAUCUCGCGGACUUGCAUUAUAUGUUGACUGUGUUCUUAAAAAUUUCAAAUGUGCUUCGUGUAGCUAUCAUUGUCUUGGUAAAUCAGAGAUUCUCCCUUGUUAAAUCAAAAUGUAACACCUCUACAAUAAAACUAGACCUUUAGCGUUGAGCACGAUGUAAACUAACAUGUCUGUAAAUUACUCUAAGCUGUCAUAAUUGAUAAGUCUUUUAUACUGCAGUUGCUUUGUGACAUUAACAUUUCAAAAUGUUCACUGCCUUGGAAAUUUGUGUCUGAGAGUGCAAUUGUAUGUCCACUGUAAAGAAACACACAAUCACACUCUAGAGGUAGGGUGUAUUUUUAAGUCGGUAUCUGUUGCAAAGCUUUUUGCAAUAGGACCCAUCUUAAUCUAGGAACCCAACGGAAUAAAACAGGGAUGGCUCUACAUGAAUUUGUCCAAUAGAAAGUAGAAACUCUUUCCUGUUGCAAAACGUUUUGGACUAAUGCUUAUACCCAAAGUACCAUGGAAAUUAGCCCUUGAUUUGAGUGAUUGGCCCUGUUCUAGUCUGACUAUAUUGCAGUCAUGCUGCAGUACACACAGCAACUAAUGGGUGACCUAUUAUCGACUGCACAGCCAGGUAUAAGAUUGCUACAUUAUAUGCUACAGGUAGCUGAUAUGAUCCAGGCGUUGUACGAUCUGGCAGGUGACUGCAAUGUAGUUGGCCUGGAAUGUAGCCAAUAUUUCUCUGGGGUUUAGAAACUGCUAGACUAUUCCCAAAUCUUUUUCAAAGUGGUCUUAACAUUUCAGCGAAAUUCUAUAGUUUUAAAUGUAUGUGCACUUAAGAUAAUUAAAUUAAUCAUUAACA